CGUCCGCUCUUCAAGCAGCCGCUCGGGGGUGGUGGAAGAGCCAGUGAGGAGAGCACGACGGCGGCGGAGCCAUCGGUGGACGACCCGGGGGAAAGCGAGGCCCAAGCCUGUGCAUCGAGGAUCAGAAUGGUUUCAAUCCCAGAAUACUAUGAAGGCAAGAAUGUUCUCCUCACUGGAGCUACCGGUUUCCUAGGAAAGGUACUUCUGGAGAAGUUGCUGAGGUCUUGUCCAAAGGUGAAUUUAGUAUAUGUUUUGGUGAGGCAGAAAGCUGGACAGACACCCCAAGAGCGAGUAGAAGAAGUCAUCAGUGGCAAGCUCUUUGACAGAUUGAGAGAUGAAAAUCCAGAUUUUAAGGAAAAAAUUGUAGCAAUCAACAGUGAACUUACCCAACCUAAACUGGCUCUUAGUGAAGAAGAUAAAGAGAUCAUCAUAGAUUCUACCAAUAUUAUAUUUCACUGUGCAGCUACAGUAAGGUUUAAUGAAAAUUUAAGAGAUGCUGUUCAGUUAAAUGUGAUCGCUACACGACAGCUUAUUUUCCUUGCACAACAAAUGAAGAAUCUGGAAGUGUUCAUGCAUGUGUCAACAGCAUAUGCUUACUGCAAUCGAAAGCAUAUUGAAGAAGUAGUCUAUCCACCCCCUGUGGAUCCCAAGAAACUGAUUGAUUCUUUAGAAUGGAUGGAUGAUGGCUUAGUAAAUGAUAUCACGCCCAAAUUGAUAGGAGACAGACCUAAUACAUACAUAUACACGAAAGCAUUGGCAGAAUAUGUUGUACAACAAGAAGGAGCAAAGCUAAAUGUGGCAAUUGUAAGACCAUCAAUUGUUGGUGCCAGUUGGAAAGAACCUUUUCCAGGAUGGAUUGAUAACUUUAAUGGACCAAGUGGUCUCUUUAUCGCGGCAGGGAAAGGAAUUCUUCGAACAAUGCGUGCCUCCAACAAUGCCCUUGCAGAUCUUGUUCCUGUAGAUGUAGUUGUCAACACGAGUCUUGCAGCAGCCUGGUAUUCCGGAGUUAAUAGACCAAGGAACAUCAUGGUGUAUAAUUGCACAACAGGCAGCACUAAUCCUUUCCACUGGGGUGAAGUUGAAUACCAUGUAAUUUCCACUUUCAAGAGGAAUCCUCUCGAACAGGCCUUCAGACGGCCCAAUGUAAAUCUAACCUCCAAUCACCUUUUAUAUCAUUACUGGAUUGCUGUAAGCCAUAAGGCCCCAGCAUUCCUGUAUGAUAUCUACCUCAGGAUGACUGGAAGAAGCCCAAGGAUGAUGAAAACAAUAACUCGUCUUCACAAAGCUAUGAUGUUUCUUGAGUAUUUCACAAGUAAUUCUUGGGUUUGGAAUACUGACAACGUCAAUAUGUUAAUGAAUCAACUAAAUCCUGAAGAUAAAAAGACCUUUAAUAUUGAUGUAAGGCAGUUACAUUGGGCAGAGUACAUAGAGAAUUACUGCAUGGGCACUAAGAAAUAUGUUUUGAAUGAAGAAAUGUCUGGCCUCCCUGCAGCUAGAAAACAUCUGAACAAGUUGAGGAACAUACGUUACGGUUUCAAUACCAUCCUUGUGAUCCUGAUCUGGCGCAUUUUUAUUGCAAGAUCACAAAUGGCAAGAAACAUCUGGUACUUUGUGGUUAGUCUGUGUUACAAGUUUCUGUCAUACUUCCGAGCAUCCAGCACUAUGAGAUACUGAAGACAAGAAUUUAGCAUUAGAACAUCUAUGCAUAUGUGGUGGUCUAAAUGCACAAAUGUAAAAUGUACUUAAGUCAUCUCACCUUUUGUCAAGAUAUUAAAUCAUCUUAGAUCGGAGUGUGGAGUAAAUUAUGGUACAUUUUAUGUAACAUUUUAAUGUUUAUGCUCAUAAAAAUCUAGUGAACACACUGUGGUAUGCUAGCUCAAAUCUGCAAUAGCCACCAAAACCGUGACGUAAUAUUUUGAUCCCUUGGGAAAAGGGGUGGGGUGAGGGUAGGAGUGGGGAUAUGGGAACACUGACCAGUAUAACUGUGCAAUUCUGGAACAUAUUAAUUAAAAUAUGCCUUAACAUACAGUGAAUUCUAAUUUUUAAUAUCUAGUGCAAUGGAAAGCAUUUAUUUGGAAAGGAAUAUUAGCUAAGUUGGUAGAUAUUUGAUUCUUCAGUGUUUGAUUUUUUCAUCAGUUGAAAUUUUGUUAAAAUUAUAGCCAACUUAUUUUCACAUUAUCUUGUAAGUUAUUGAGUGGUCUCAGACAUGAAAGACAUGUUCUCAUUUUUCUUUCUCUGAUUAGAGGUCUGAUGCAUAUCAUUUUCCUAUAAGCAAUCAGUUGCUUUCAUAAUCAGAAGGCUAUAUAUUCUAAAGAUCCCACUGGAUCUAAAUGGGUUUGAAAAUCCAUAUCAAUAUGCUAUGUGUUUUUUUUUGAAGGGAAAUUCAAAUGAAUUAAAUAAGACUAUUAGCAUCAAAAAAUAAGAAUACAUUUUUCUUGUCCACAUAAUGACCAAAUAGAAAUCAAUCCUGUGAGAUGUUCAUGUUUUGAAGCUGGAGGAUUUCUUAAGACUUUGGCAAAUGGGAGCUGGCGGGGUUGGGGAGGAUUCACCAUACUUGUGCUCUCCUCCCUUUAUAAAUGUUUUUAAUGAGACUUUAAAAAGGCUUAUGCUGUCUUUCCAAUGAAAACUGAAAGUGCAUUAUUAUGGAAAAAUGUUUUUGCAGGUAGAUAUAACAUUAAAAAAAUAUUCUUACAUGUGUGUAAACACAUACUAACUUUUGACCUUGAGAACUGAAUUCCCACAAGAAAAAUAAAAUAAUGCAUAAAAUAAUGUGUAUUAAAUUAAAUAAAGGACUUUAUUUACUUACCACAUAAAGUAGCAAACUGUUGAAUGAGUUUGAAGAUACCAUUUAUUUUUUCUGCAUGUGGUUUUAGCUUUAGAAAGAAAUGCACUAUAGAAACAAGUAAUAGCAAGAAAAUUAAUGUAUAUUUUAAUGAUAUAUUAUAAUUCCCUUUAAACCUUAAUAGUAGUUAACUCUCCUUACUGUUUUAUAUUUUGUUGAGCAAAUUGACCAGCAUAACAUGUUUUAAUUUAGCUGAUCAAGUUGUACUAUAUUUAAAUCAUCAACAGUAUAUCUUGAAUAUGUUUAAUGAGGUCAGUUCAUAAUACAAAAACUUACAUAGAACUUUACAUCUUAAUUUUCUUUGUCAGUUUAUAUGCAAUGUAUAAGAAGUUUAUUUUGUUAUUGUGAAAAAAUGAAAUGUAAAGGAAAUCCCCUUCUUCCAUGCAGGUGUGUAAUCUUGAAAAGGAAAAAUGCUUCCAUGUUGAAGCCACAUUUUCUGUAGUAAAACUUUAAAACAUUAUUUUAAAAGAAAUAUGAAUGUAAAUAUGCAUAUGUAUAUAUAUAUUCUUUGGAAUGACCCUGAAGUCUCUGGUCUAGGACCAUACCUUGUAUAAGGUGUGAGAGACCAUGACAGUGUCUAAAGAUGGAGUAAAAGACAAUGCCUUUGAUUUAAAGUGGCCCACAUAAUCAACUAUAGGUGCUCUGUACAUUGAGAGCUCCAUCUCUUCAAGUGUGUUUCCCUAGUGUGUUGAGAACAUGCUCACAUUUGUAUGAUUUUUACACUUUUGCCAAAUAUACUGAGAAUUAGAUGAAUUGUCUUUGUAUCUUGAAAAAGAUUCAGGUACAAUUUCAGCAGGCAUGUGAAAUACAUAUGGGCUGUAUGCCUUUUGAACUACGUCAUUGUUCUUAUAAUCUAACUUAAAGAAAUGCUAUCUGGGAGGGUGCUGAGGCCACUGCAUUAAUUUUGUGUGUUCAUUUAACAGAAUUUGUUGUCAAAAGAAAGCUAAUGAAUAAAUUAACAUGUCAUUUUGGAACUUAAAGUUCUAAAAUUAGUAUAAAGGGCACAUGGAUUGUUGAUCCCCACUAACUAGACUUCAAGCUUAACUCGAACUUAAAAAUUUUGGGAAUCAUUUAUAUUUGUCAUUUGCUAGAAAUGGUUUUUAGUUCUGUUUGAUUAUAUUUUCUAUACAAACUUAGUUUUUAACAGGAUAGCCUAAUAAAUAAAUUUAAUAUUUCAUUUAACUCGGUAAAGCUGUAUUGCAAAACAUUUAUUUUUCUUUCCCUAUUCAUUCUUGAGUCUAUAAUUGUGUCAUAUGCAUUUGUCAUUUGUGACUAUAUUUAGAUUUGACUUGGCAACAUUAAUAUGUCCUAAAACUCAACACAGAGAAGCAUGGCAAUAUGUUCUUUGACUUAAGGAUGGUAUAAAAUAAACAUUCUUUGAAUCUGUGUAAUAAAGCAUGGAAGCAGGGAGGAAAAAAUCUUUAUUUCUCCCCUUUUUUUGUGUUUGUGUGUAGGAGCUGGUUCAGGGUUUUUUGCUUUUUGUUUUAAAUGUAAAUUGAUACUCUUCUAUACAAAGUAAAUAGAAGCAUUAUUGGUGCCUUUGUUUAUAAACCAGAAAGUAAUAAAUGAAUCCCUAUAUUUCCAUUAUAGUAUUUAUUGUAUUUUUACAAUAAUUAUCUUGGAAAUUACCAGUGAGAUACUGUGGUUAGGCUUACAGGAAACAUCCUCACUUAUACUUCUUUCUUAUCUCUUUUCGGGUGUACUCAUCACUUCUUAUAUCCUAAUUUUACUUAUGCCCACGUUUCUUAGCAUUUUAGGGAAGCACAUAGUCGGGAUGAAUACAUUUUGUUAAAGUAUUAUUUUUAUGUAUUUGCUGAGAUGAAAUGGUCCUUUUCUUUUCUAAAAGCAGUAUGAGAAGAUUACCAGGGUGUUGUUAGGUUCCAGCUACUCUCCUCCACGUUGAAUAUCAAUUUAAUAGAGACUGUGUAAAAGAAAGCAUCAGGCUGGGGGUCAGGUGAGUGCAGAUGGCCAAGCUUGCUCUUUGAGGCUGACUCCAAGCCCUGGCUUAAAACCAUUAGCACUGACUUGCUCUUUUUUGAGAAAAACUCUCUAACUUUUUGCAUGAGAAACUAGAGAAAGGAAUGUGUGCUGCAUAACUUGAUAUAGAAAUGAGUUAAUUAAUUAGUCUCUGGUAAAAGAAAUAUGAAAUAUUUUCUUACUGAAUUAAUAUUUUUAUCUCUAAGCAUUUUCUAGUUUUAGGAUGAAUUUGUCUUUUUUUAAAAUACAUCUCUGCUACCCUUAAGAUUCCUAAACAAAUCACCUUUGUCAAUUGAGCAUAGUUGUGCAAAAUUGUUAAAUACUUCCUUUGUUUUUUCUUAAUUAAAGAAAAAUUUGAGUAACAUUAA